GUUGGGUUAUCUGUGAAAAUGCAAAGAAAAGAAGAGAGCUUUGAACAGAAAAGGCUUGAAUUGGAGGCAUGGUUACAAAGGAUGGAAGUCCGAUUAUCCAACAUGGGACCUAUAGGACAUACAGCCGACGUUCUAGAGGCUCAGCUCAGGGAACAGAAAAGUUUGCACGCUGAAUUACAUCAAUUUAAGGCACAAAUUGAUGGAUUCCAGCAACUUAUGCAAAGAAUUAUUGCAGUUCAUCAAAAUGAAGAUACUACUAGAUUUAAAAAGAUUGUCGAGCACGUUAAUCAACAUUAUGCACGCUUGGACGCAUGUGUUAUAAAUCGUGGCAAACUCCUGAACUCGGCUCUGAGCUCGUUACAGAAUCUGGACCGAUCCAUGGACAAAUUCCUGGCUUGGUUGAGUGAAGCUGAAUCAGUUUUAGAAUCACUAGAAGGUGGAGAACUGGAGAGCAGAAGAUGCGCACAACAGUUAAAAGAACUUCAGGUGGAUAUUGAACGACAGUCUGGGGCUCAUGCAGCUUUGAGAGCAUCUAGUUUGGCCCUUCUUGGGUCUCUUUCACCUGAGGACGCUCUUAUGCUACAAUUAAGAGGUGAUGAAAUGGAAAGAAGGUGGCAGGCACUAAAAUCGAGAACUUUAGACAUUCGGAAUCGCUUGGAGCAUAAUGUAGAGUACUGGAACACUCUUCUGCUGUCCCUCAGAGAACUGACUGAAUGGGUUAUAAGAAAAGAUACUGAACUGGGUUUGGUAUCUUGUCAGGAUGAUCAUCGCGCCUUUAGACAGCAACUAGAAGACAAACGACCACUAAUUGAGUCAAGUUUGCGUAGCGCAAGACAGUAUGUUUCAGGCGAGCCUUCCGGAGAAUUGGCUAGAAAUUUAAGAAGAGAAUUAGUUAAAUUGUCUGAUAAAUGGAAUGCUUUGAUUGAAAGAUCGGAUCAAGUUGGGACCAAAUUAGAGCAGAAUAUGACUAAGUUGAAACAUUUAGAAGCCAAUUUAAAGGACUCUACUGCAGCAGUAGCAAGUUUGGAACGUAUGACUUUGUCAUGGAGUUCUCCAAGAAGUGCAGCUGAAGCUAGAGAGUUGCUAUCAAACCUGCGUACUUUAGAACAAAAACUACCACCUCUGCAAAGGACCUUGGAAGAGAUAAGAUCUCAGGCUACUUUCCUUGGUUCAACAUUACCUCCUAAUCAGGCUGCUCAAUUAGAAGACUGUACAGCUCGAUGCAGAGCUCUGCAAGUAGCAAUUAGAGAACGUAGAGAGCAGUUGACAAGCAGUACCCAGGGAGAAUUGUCUCCAGGCCCAUCUAGCGUUCAAGCUCCGUGGGAACGUGCAAUCACGCCAAACAAAGUUCCCUAUUAUAUUAAUCACAGCUUAGAGACCACUCAUUGGGAUCAUCCGCAAAUGAUAGAACUAUUUGCUUGCCUUCUUCAAUUGAAUGAAGUUAAAUAUUCCGCUUAUCGUACUGCUCUAAAACUGAGGGUAAUACAAAAGAAAUUGUGUCUUGAAAUGGUUUCGUUAUCAACGGCGUCCGAAGCUUUUGAUUUGCAUGGACUUCGUGGACAAAAUGAUCGAUUGUUAGACGUACCGGAUAUGAUGCUUGUACUGCGGGCAAUUUAUACAAAUGCCUCUACUCAGCAAACAAAUAUAACCAUCGAUGUCCCCUUGGUUGUUGAUCUUACCCUUAAUUGGCUCCUAAACGUUUAUGAUAGUCAAAGAACUGGACAAAUAAGGGUUUUAAGUUUUAAGGUAGGAUUAAUAAUAUUAUGUCAGGGUCAUUUGGAGGAUAAGUAUAGGUAUCUGUUUCGCUUAAUCGCUGACCCUCAACAACAUGCGAAUCAAAGAAAGUUGGGGCUGCUCUUGCACGAUGUCCUGCAAAUUCCUCGACAGUUGGGCGAAGUGGCAGCCUUUGGCGGUUCUAAUAUCGAACCCAGUGUUCGUAGUUGCCUUGGAGAGAACCGGGAUGAACUUGAAGUGGCGCAUUUCCUUGCAUGGUUAAAGCAGGAACCACAAUCUCUUGUGUGGUUACCUGUAUUACAUCGUUUAGCCGCUGCUGAGACAGCUAAGCACCAGGCGAAAUGCAACUGUUGUAAAGCUUAUCCUAUAGUGGGGUUACGCUAUCGCUGUUUGAAGUGUUUCAAUUUCGAUAUGUGCCAGACGUGUUUUUUCGCCGGUCGGACGGCAAAAGGUCACAAGCCGUCACAUCCCAUGCAUGAAUAUUGUGCUACUACUACUUCGGCCGAAGAUGUGAGAGACUUCACUAAAGCUCUUCGCAACAAAUUUAAGAGUAAACGUUAUUUCCUCAAACAUCCACGGGUUGGUUAUUUACCCGUGCGUUCCAUAUUGGAAGGUGACGAAUUGGAAAGCCCCAUAGCCUCACCACAAAGAGGCAACGACAUGCAUUCAAGGCUCGAAAUAUAUGCAAAUCGUUUGGCGGAGGUUGAAUUGAGAACUGCUUCACCAGAGGAUGAUGAACAUCGACUUAUAGCUGACUAUUGUCAAUCGCUUGAGGGUGCUCCAGCAAGUCCUGGUCAAUUAAUGCUUGUCAUUGACGAAGAACAACGUGUGGAACUUCAGGACAUGAUUCGAGAAUUAGAAGCAGAGAACGUGGCUUUACGUCAGGAAUACGAGCAACUUCAAAGAGGAGGAAUAGGAGGUGCUGGCAAUAUUCCUCAUCCACCUCUUGCUAAUCACGACGUCUUAGCUGAAGCUAGACUCCUACGGCAGCACAAAGGACGUCUCGAAGCACGAAUGCAGAUUUUAGAGGAUCACAAUCGACAAUUGGAGGCACAAUUGCAGAGACUGCGACAACUGUUAGACGAACCUCCUGUCACCAAUGCAACUUUACAAACUCGUUCGGUGACUGCUUCCCAACUCAAUCAGGACGUGCCAUCUUCGAGGGCAGCACAACCACCCCCACCCACUGAAAUACACCGCCGUUAAACAUAUCACGAAGCUUUUCAUUAAUUCUUUUAAUUCUCAUAAAAAAACAUAACUGUAAAAGGUAAGUACUAUGUGCAAAAGGUUUGUAUCGUUUGCAUGUAGACAAGUUAGCCCUCCUGCGAAAUUUUAUCACUUAAUGAUAAAAUAUUUUGGGUAAAAUGCACAAAAAUUCCAAACAAGGAAUACUUUCUACCAGUACUUCAGUUUUUAUACAUUAAACCACUGUAUUGACAAACAAAUAGACCAAUUUAUUACAAAUUGGAAUUAUUAUGGGAUAAUAAUGUCUUUCCAACAUAAACAUUUAUAAAUGAAUGUGCUGUAUAACGACCAAAAAUUACGAGCGCGUACAAGACUGUAAUGGUAACUUUUGAUAUUUCUUUUGAACGUGGUUUCUUAUAGAAGAACAUCGCCCUUUUUGACGCAUUUUGCAAAGUUUCAAGCAUCACCAAAAUCUCUGUUAAAUUUUAUAUCUGAUAAUGUAUUUUAAUGUAAGUUUAAGAUUUACCAUUUUAUUUACGAGUUAUUUAACCCUAUUAUAUCAGAUGAUACCGAUUUCAUAUAAAUUGUUUUAAUAUUGUAAAAAAAGGAAAUUUUUUGAAUACAGUUCAUUCCCAUUUUAUAUAAAUAUUGUGAUAUCUUGAUUCAUAUCGAUUAUAUUGCACAAGCAUUCGAAAUGGUCUGUAUAAAGAACUGUAGCUAAUAUUGGAGCACUAGGUUGUAACACGUGUUGAACUGAACAACUAGAUUAAAAAUAGAGGAAGUAUUUACAAAAGAAAAUGUAUGUAACGUUUAAUUUUCUGUGCUUUUCUGUGUUAGGUCGUAGACUGAUAUGUCAUUUUAUAAUUUUUGUUAAUUCUUUGUGAACAUAGAUCAUUAAUGCACCUAUACAUAAUCAGAUUAUCACGUACAACAAACCCAUACGCAUUGAAGUACAAUAAUCGUUUCUGAUUAAUUUUUUGGCUGUGAACAUUCGUUUAUUGCAAAUUGUUAUUUAAAAGAAUAUUAAUAUAGCAAAUGUGUUCGUGUGUAUUGUUUUAAACGCAAAACUGCUUCUAAAUCAUUGUAAUUGACAUAAAUCAUCAUAUCAACUGUAAUCAUAUCAUCGAAAUAAAGUGUUCGUUUAAUUAUAAUAGGUACAACUAAAAUUGUUUCAAUUUAAUUCCUUACAAAAAUCAGAUUGCGUUCUAAUUUCUGGAAAGUGAGGCGAUAUUUAAAGUUAAUGAUAAGAAAUACGAUCAAAAUUAGUUGCAAACUUGAUUGCUGCGCAUUGUAGAAUAUUGAGAAUAUUGCUUUUCUAUUUAGUUGUAC